AUGCGACAACUUGCUGCUCUCGCGUUCUUGUCACUCACGCUUGCCAGCCCAGUGGUACAGCUAGGUGUUCCACCUCUGCCUGGUACCAACUCAACUACAGAUGGCUGCACUGGUACGAUGUUUGCCCACCUCUACGGCUGGGAGGCUGGAUGCGGCGCCGGCUACCAGACGUUCAACUACGAGCUCUGGCAAUUUCACUACAUUACGUCCGACGGGUCUGGCGACUGCGGCACUAUCCAUCUCAACUACUUUACUGGGCUUGACCAGAAUGGCGACAAGACUAGUGUCACGAUGCAGCGCAACCAAUGCAUCAACAUCAAUACUGGCGGCCCUGUCAACUCCAUUUCGAUGUAUUGUUAGAGGGGAUUUCUGGGGAAUAUUGUGGAUUUAGUAUCGUUAUAAACUUUUGUAGCGUUGUUUCUAUAUAGAGUUCUUACGAUUGUUUACCCCCGGACAAUUUAUAUAAGAGCUCGGCGACUUGUAAGCGUCGGGUAAUUACUCGGUCCCGUCCUCGGUCCCUUGCGCGGGUCCCAAAUAAAUUUCUAAAAUCUUGCCUCUUUUGCUUCCAGGAGAGCGGAGCCUUUGUAAGUAGUCUUUCUCGUUUUCGAGUCAACAAAUGCCUAGUUUCCUAGUAGCUAGUAUGGCCAGAAUUUGCGAGGUAACUUGGUAUACUUCGUAGUCUUGGCAUAGCAAC